AUGCAGAUCUACUCCGUUCUUGCUCUCUUCCUCGGAACUGCUAUGAGCGCCGCAGUUGAACGUGACGUUAGUCCUGGCAAUGUCCUAAUGGAACGUCAAGCACUCGACUGCGCUGUGGGUCUAACUGGCAGUGCAUUCUGUGGCGCCUGCCGCGACUGCCGCGCCUUUUGCGGGCGCAGGGCCGCCCGCUCUGAGGACACUAUUAGUCCAGCCAAUGUCCUGAUGGAACGUCAAGCGCUCGAUUGCGCUGUGGGUCUAACUGGCGGUGCAUUCUGUGGCGCCUGCCGCUCAAUUAAACUGCAACCUCUACCCAAACGCUUCAUGCAUGUGCUGUGCCUCACUUUCGCAUCCAACCUCAGCAAGUGCACAUACCAUCGCGACAUCGCCCCCAAUAGCUCGAACGACUGCGAAAACCGCGCAGCCUCCGCACACAACUAUCCCACCGCGCACCCCACGCCCCGACCGCCCAUCAUGGUGAAGCCCGUGGUAUCCGCCAUGAAUGCAUGGUCGUGGUACGCCCUCCCAACAAGCCCGUGA